AAGGAAGCAGGUUUUCAGGUGGACUGUGGGAGGAGAGCAGACUUUUUUUUGUGUGGCAUCGUCAGAAUUCAAACUCCCAGUGAUAGAGUAAACCUUUUUGUAUGCCACUCAGGAGCCCAUUACUUUAAUUGUUGAUCUUUCUGACUUUGUAUCUGCAUAUUGCAUAAAGUGUGUGUAUAUAUACAGUAUGCUACUGCUCAGUUGUACUGAAUAGGGAAACAUUUGAAAUCUACUCAAAAGGUUCAACAAACUGGUUUUGCAAGGGUGAUUGAGCCGAGAACUGAGGAACUCCUGUUUUUUUUUUUAAAGAACUUUCAGAAUUUUGACUCACGGUGAAAGUUUGUUCAAGCUGUCCUGAGUGAAAUUUGCUGAUGGUCAACAGCCACUGUAUGACACCCAGUCAUGGUUGGACACGUAUCCAGAUUGCUGCUGAUAUUUAUUUUGUUGGUACUAUCAGGAUUUUUACUGACCAUUAUCUGCAUGUUUAGGGAGACUGUAGUAUUUGAUCAGCGAAUUUUUGAAGUCCAUCAAAUACAGAGGAGUGUCCACACAGUCUUUAAGCCUCCUGAAAUCUUGAGGCCGCUGGACAUAAACACUUACUGUGCACGCUUUGGCCAGGAGCCCACGGUAGAAGAGGCCAAGGAAGAGAGAGAUCUGCUCAACUCCAUGGCAUGGCCAGGUCCCUUGGUGCAAGGCCUUCCUGUAGAGCUCAGCAGCGACCCUGCCAAAAGUUACUUUGUGAUUCAGGGCUCGUCAACACAACAACUAGGUGGUCAGCUUCUGGUCACUGUCUAUGUGCAGGACUUCUUGGGCCUGCCGAAGAAUCAUGGAGGAGAUUUCCUGAUAGCCCGGCUGCAUUCACCUGAGCUGGGUGCUGGUGUUGCAGGGAAAGUGCAUGACCACCAAGAUGGUACCUAUACAGUGCUGUUCCCACUGCUGUGGGCUGGUGUAGCGUGGGUGGAAAUCACCAUGGUGCACCCAAGUGAGGCUGUGGUGGUGCUUAAGAGAUUGCAGGAGGAGCAACCUGACAGAGUGUUUUUUAAAAGCCUGUUCAUCUCUGGUAACCUCUCAGAGACCACUGUGUGCAACCUGUGUCUGCCGCUCAACCAGAAUCCACUCUGCAACUACACUGACCCUUUAACUGGAGAACCCUGGUACUGCUACAAACCUGAAAAGCUUGGAUGUGACACACGAAUAAAUCACUAUAAAGGGGGCUACAAGACUAAUCUCCUAAGUAAAUAUGAAGCCCAGUUCUUCCAGAGUGAUGUAAAUAUCAAAAUUCCUAUACCUGCAUCAGUGAUGGACAAAGUGAUUGUAUUACCUACAGAAGAAGGACAAGCCAAAGUAAAAAAUAGUUACAUUCCUGCUGGCUACUACUUGCAUGAUACCUGGACGCCUUUGAAUGGUGCAGUUAUUCAGCAGUUUAAUGAUUCUUCAGCCAUAACACAUUGUCUUAGAGGGAAGGCUGUCUACAUGUUUGGAGACUCCACUGUACGGCAGUGGUUUGAAUAUCUCUCUGCUGUUCCUAACCUCCAACAGGUAAUUCCUUAUCGUCCGAAAAAAACAGGGCCAUUCAUGGCUGAGGACAAGAGGAACAAUAUUCUGGUAAGUUACCGCUGCCAUGGGCCGCCUAUCCGCUUCGGCACAGUGCCUUCCUCUCAGCUGCGCUAUGUAGCAAAUGAGCUAGACAAGAUCCAGGGUGGGCCAGACACAGUUGUUCUUGUGAGUGUGUGGUCUCACUUCAGCACCUACCCUGUUGAGAUAUAUAUACGGCGCCUCCGACACAUCCGCAGGGCUGUGGUACGGCUGCUGAACCGUGAGCCAGCUACAUUGGUGGUGAUCCGUACUGCCAAUCUACAGGAAAUUUACUCAGAGAGCAGCCUGUUCAACAGUGACUGGUUCUCUCUGCAGAGGGAUGUUGUGCUACGUGCCAUGUUCAGAGGACUCCGUGUGCAACUGCUGGAUGCCUGGGAGAUGACGCUGGCCCACCACCUCCCACAUGACAUACACCCACCCCAUUCCAUCAUCAAAAACAUGAUUGAUCUGAUCCUCACCUAUAUCUGUCCAGUUGGGAAAAUAUAGUGUGAUUUUGAUUUUUUUUUUUGUGAAACUAAUGGCAAUAAAUUAACAUUGACUUUUGAAAGUAAUUUGUAGGAUAAAUUCUCAUAACGACUCUAAAUUGACCGUAGGUGUGAAUGUGAGUGUGAAUGGUUGUCUGUGUCAGCCCUGUGAUGACCUGGCAACUUGUCCAGGGUGUACCCCGCCUUUCGCCCGUAGUCAGCUGGGAUAGGCUCCAGCUUGCCUGCGACCCUGUAGAAGGAUAAAGCAGCUAGAGAUGAGAUGAAUGAAUGAAAUUCUCAUAACAUUAUGAUCCAGUUGAAGUAAAAACAAUUAAUUUCAGCAAAUGUGUAAAAUUUUGGUCCUGUGUUUAACAAGUGUGUGAUCUGAAUGUAUUAAUUUAUGACUACAUAAAUGAAUACAUUCAAAAAAUCUAUAUUUGUAGAAAAUCAUACAUUCUGGUUUAUUUUUUAUUCUUUUAUUAAUUUUUUUGUAAAAGAGCAAUCUCUAUUGAUGCACCUGAAUAUGGUAUGGGCUUCCUAGAGUCUAGGCAUUUUCCUGGUUUAUCAGCAAGUUUCCUAAAACCCAUUAGGGUAGUAAUUAACAUUUUGCUUGAUUUGUUGUAGAGUUGGGCGAUAAAUCAAUUUUAUCGAUUAAUUCGAAUUUACAAUUAAGGACGAUGUGUUUUUAUGAAAAUAGGUUUUCUCUGAGUUUUAACAUUCGCCACCAACGCUCCCCUCUGCGCAUGUGCAGAACGGAUCGGACAGCAGGGACGGAUCGGGCAUUGACACUAUCGCCCUCCUCCCGCCCGCUUGCCAUAGACACAGACAAACAACAUGGCAGUGAUUGGGGGAAAGCCGCAACUUGUGCCCAAGAAAGUGGUAACUUUCUCCAUGAUCUGGAAUUGGUUCGGUUUUGCGGCGUCGGACAAAGACCAAACAAGUCCUCGUUGUAAGGUGUGUUUGAAAACGGUUGCUUCCAAAGGAAGCAGCACGACGAAUUUAUUCCAACACCUUAAACAGAAACCUGCAGCGGAGCGGGAGAAGUGCUGUUCCCAGCGGAAUGAAAACAGCCGCAGCACGAGCGCACCAUCCACAGCAAGCAACCGUCCCAGACACAUUUUCGAACUGUGUGCCUGAUGAUAAGAAUGGGGCCCGGUGGAAAGCAAUCCUAAUGCUAUUGUGAUGUUUAUUGCAAAAGACAUGGUGCCCAUACAUACAGUGUAAAAGGUGGGAUUUUUUUCCCCCUAUUUUGUCAGUUUUAUUGAAAAGGACACAAUUUUAUUAUUAUUUAUAUUUUUUUCGCGGUCCAAAUCGUGCGCUCUGAUUGGCUGGCAAGCAGGUCUGUAUCCUAUGGUACGGACCCCGGUUACGGACCUCUGGCGACUCGCUUACUGGCUUCCAGUAAGCUACAGAAUUGACUUUAAAGUAUUGCUGCUGGUGUAUAAAUAUCUAAAUGGUACAGGGCCCAAUUACCUCUCUGAUAUGUUGCAGCGGCCUAACCCAAUCAGCUCUACCAGAUCGCAACAGAAAAAUUUACUAUUAAAACCAGUUGUUAAAACAAAGUGUGGUGAAGCAGCUUUUAGCUACUAUGCAGUACAUCUAUGGAACCAACUGCCAGAGGACAUUAAAAAUGCUCCUGCUGUUGGCAGCUUCAAAUCUAGGUUAAAGACCAAGCUGUUCUCAGAUGCUUUCUGUUAAAUAAUUAAUAUUUUUUACAUUGUUUAUAAUCUUUACUUUCUCUGUAUGUUUUAAAUUUACAUUAAUUUUAUUCUAUUUUAUUCCACUGGUUUCUUUUUUCUUUUUGGCAUUUUAUUAUUUUAUUUCUACUAUUGUUUAAUUCUUAUUUUCUUUUAAUUCUUUUAAUUAAUUUAGAUUAAAAAUAAAAUUAUUUUAUGUAAUUUUAUUUCUCUAUUGUUUACUGUUUCUGUUUUUGCUU